GCUGUGUUGCUGAGGCCGCACAGGACCACGGUCCCCCUUGCAAAUUCGUGGCCACUAUUGAUCCUAGGAACUAUAUAGUACCAACAUGUACCAACCAUUGUCAUGGAAACAAGCAUCAGGAGAUAGUCAUCCCGAGGAUAGUCCCAAGGAUCGUAUGUAAUCAUACCGAGGAUUCGUUAGAGUCAUGAUCAUAGCCAUCUCGAGGAUCAAAGCCAUCCCAGGGAUCGUAGUCAUCCCGAGGAUCGCAGUCAUGAAAGUCAUCGAAGUCACAAGGACUAGAAUACCCAGAGACACUCCUCCAAUCAUCAUCAUACCACAUGACUGUGGCAAACUCCCCGGAGGAAUGACUGCGGGAUGCAUAGGCAAACUCCCCGGAGGAAAUUCUGCCCUUGCCGGGCAUCUUGGAUCUUGCGACAUGCGGGUUCUUCCCAAGCGCUUGAGAUUCAAAGCAUCCGCCAGCUGCUCCCAGUUCUUGAAGACCUCUUGCAACGAAGACACACCUUCCUCAUAGCACCAUAGGAUUGUAUCUGGCAAGUACCUGUCCAGGGAAAAUGAUGUCAACCAAGCGUCAAGACCUUCAAUUCCGGCAACUUCCAGAAGACCAAACGCCGCAUCACCGGUCACCACAGUCGAAGGAGAUACAUUUCCUGGCAGCGAAUGUUGCCAGUUGUGCUAAUGGACCACAACGAGGACAUUUCCCGGCUGCG